AUGGCGACGAAACUCAAAAUGGCGGGCAUGCAUACCGCUGGAAUCUUCUCGGAUAUGACGGUUGAUGGUCCAGUAAUUGGUACUCUGGUUGUUAUCGUUGAUCGAGCCAAGAAUUUACCAAACAGAAAGACAAUUGGAAAACAAGAUCCGUAUUGUGCAGCUCGUCUGGGAAAGGAAGCAAAAAAAACGGAGACAGAUAAGAGAGGUGGACAAACCCCUCGAUGGGAUCAAGAGCUACGAUUUACUGUUCACGAUUCGCCGGAUUACUAUCAAUUGAAGGUCUCAGUAUUUAAUGACGAUAAGAGAACAGAUUUGAUAGGAGAGACCUGGGUAAACCUACAAGAUGUCAUUGUUGCAGGAGGGGGACAAAGUGAUAUAUGGCAUAACUUAAACUUCAAGGGGAAAUAUGCCGGAGAGAUUAGAGUCGAGAUCACAUAUUAUGAUAAAAGACCCAAACCAGAGAAACCAGAGAAGAAGGAACCCAAACAGAAUUCAUCGACAAUUACUCCAUCUACAUCUGUGCAAUCGAUAACGGAUUUCGGAAGUGUGGGUGGAAGCGGAAGUGGAAGUGGGAGUUUGAGAGAAGGAGUUGGUGGGCCAAGACAACUAGGGGUGAAACCAAUUGUUAAGAGGCGGCCUCUACCAACCGAUCCAAUCACUGGAGCUCCUGCGCAACCUCCUGUGGCAGCACCCGCGCCAGCCCCGAUCCCUGCUACGGUACCACAUCCUGCGGAACUUGUUCAUACUCCUCCACGAGGAUAUCAGGUCCCAUCCACAGUAGAUCAUGUGCAAAUGACCCCUACGCGUGGCUAUAGAGACUCUCCUUCUGCGAUACCAGAUCAUGUCCAAACUCCACCUCGAGGCUACCAAAACCCAUCGACUGGAAUACCAGAUCACAUUCAGACACUGCCGCAAGGAUAUAAGAUGUCUCCGAAUGGUAUGCCAGAUCAUGUCCCUCGAGGAUAUGCCAAUCCACCAGUAAUUCAGGAUCAACCUUCGCCUCGUGGAUAUCCAAGUUCUGGUGUCAUGUCUGAUCCAAUGCAAGCGCAGCGUGGUUAUCAUUCUCCUGUUAUUGGACAGGAGCACGCGCAAACGCCACCGCGUGGAUAUCAGAACGGAUUUGCUCAGGAUCAAUCGCCUGGGCAAAGAGUGGAAUACAACGCACCCUCAGCUCGAUAUAACCAAGUCCAAGGAUAUGAUAUUAGUCCAGGGGGGACCCCAUACGGAGCACCUCAAGACAUGAUGGUUGCAGCACCACCAAGUUCCCAGUCAAUGCGGAAUAACGAUAGAUAUGAGGUUCACGAUCCAAUGUUGAGAAACGAUUAUGAAAACGGUCAUGAUAUGAAUCAAUAUGCGGCCCAUGAAGCGGAUCGAUAUGGAGGCUCUCGUAUGCUAACAUAUGAACCUCAGCAGCCAGGUCCAUACGAACUUCCGAUGAGCCCUGGUCCUCCGCCACCUCCCCCGGCUCAUGCAAGCAGGCACGUGAGCUCGGUGCCAACUCUCGCGCAACCUAAGGCUGUUCAUGGCCGUCCAGUCAGUCGAGGAAAUUCUAAUCCAUACAACGCUUCCAUGGAUGAUAUGCACCGCCACUCAUUGCCUGCUCAUACACAGUCCACUUCACCAUACCAGGCCUAUAGCCCACCAAAGAACGAUGAUCAAUUCCGAAGGUCUGGAAAUGGCAACCCUUACCCACUCCGAAAGAACUCUUAUGAUUCGAGAGAUUUGAGGUAUAAUGCCAGUUAUGAUGACAUGCAGCCAACUGUCGAGGAUGCCCCACCCACACCGGCUCCAGGACCAGGACCAAACAGUUAUCAAACUGCUAUACCGCAUCGAGGAAGUGCACCAGGUGCUAUGCAACACCCAGCUGAAGGGAUGUAUGACCAAGUACCGGCACCAUUAAAUUUACGGCAUCGCCCUAGUCGCAAUAGUAUUGCAACAACUGCCCCGAGUCAUCAAUAUUCGAAUAGCUCAGGUGGCUAUCCGACAUCCAGUUCUAUGUCUUCUGUCAGAGAUGGCGCUUCUGUGACCUCAAGAAACUCUUAUGGCCAGCUCCCAUCAUCCCGCCAAGACAGAAGCCAGUCCCUAGGUGUGCAGAAUACUAAUGGAGACUAUGGUUUGCCUGAGAUGCCACCAACUUUGGUGCCGGGAAUGGAUCCAAUCAUUGCAAAGGAAAUCUCGGAUCGGAUUUAUAACGAAAAACGAGCAAGUCAUAGCCAAAACCCUGCAUCUUCGCAGCGAGGAAGAUAUCAAGAGAUUCCAAGACAUCAGCCACAACAGAUUCAACAGCCAAUACCCCUUCCCUAUCAUGAUAAUUCGGCUGUUGUCCCAUACUCACCACAGGCAGCAUAUGACGAUCGCCAAAGUCGAUAUGCUGCAUCUACGGCUAUGGUUCCAGUAAAACCUAGGGGUACGUCGCCUAAUCCUGCAAUGGAUAGACGAGGAAAUUCGCCUAACCCUAUGGAUCGAAGAGGCGUAUCUCCCAAUCCAAUGGAUAGAAGAGGUGCAUCUCCCAAUCCACCCAUGGAUAGAAGAGGUGCUUCACCAAAUCCUAUCAACAGAAGAGGUACCUCUCCUAACCCAGCAGUCAUGCGAAAACCGGUCAGUCCUGCUCCAGAGCCUCGAAGGUUAUCAGGUAUUGCAUUCGGGCCAGAUUCGUAUGAUGUUUUCAAUCCAAGUCUGACAGGAUCGAAAUCUGCAACGUCUCUCAGCGCUGCUUAUGAUCCCAAAGAUGAUCCCGAUGCCAAAAUCAUUACUUAUGAUGGUAGGGAGAUUGAUCCAAGUGAUCACAUUCCUGAAUCUAAUUAUGCGCCACUCCUUGAACAAAAGGGACCGAAAUACGCUUCACAAAUGCCAGAUCGCAAUUAUCGACCUCCACCAGCAGAACAUCCAAUGCCAUCGAAUGGCCGUAAGCAAUUACGUCAAGCUGGAAGGCCUCAGUCAAUGGCCGUCUCUUCCCCAAUUUACUUCAGCGGCGGCAUUCCUGAUAACCCUCCAGCUACGGCUCAUAGAAAACUCCAGAAGAAGUCAAACCGCAUGUCGGCACAACCUGCAUACCAUUCAUCCCCAAAUGUACCGAUCUACAAAGAACCAGCUUACGCAUCUAGUAGAACGUCAAUGCAGAGACCCUCAACGGCUGAAUAUUCUCAUGACAGUUAUCAGUCAAAUGGUUAUCAGUAUGGAAGUAGCGCUGGAGGUGGAUAUAGAGGGGCAGUUGGGCCAGUCGUACCAGCAAAAAUUCCAAUGGCAUUACCGGCUCCGGCUAGUAGUGGCGCAGGGAGAGGAGGUGGAGGCGGGGAUGCGUGGGCGCUGUUAGAGGAAAUGAAGAACAUUGACUUAGGGGCCCCAAGUUCCAGAAGGAGAAGACAUUGA